AAGUAACCAAACCGCCCGUGGACCAGCAACAUGGCGUGGUCCGCUAAUAAGGCAGCUGUUGUGCUGUGUAUGGAUGUGGGCGUUGCUAUGGGUAACUCUUUUCCUGGCGAAGAAUCCUCGUUUGAACAAGCAAAGAAAGUGAUGACUAUGUUUGUCCAACGACAGGUGUUUUCUGAGAGCAAGGAUGAGAUUGCCUUAGUCCUCUUUGGAACAGACAACACUAACAACGCCCUUGCUAGUGAGGACCAGUAUCAGAACAUCACAGUGCACAGACACCUGAUGCUACCAGAUUUUGAUUUGCUGGAAGACAUCGAAAGCAAAAUCCAACUAGGCUCUCGACAAGCUGACAUCUUGGACGCCCUGAUUGUGUGCAUGGAUUUGAUUCAGCGUGAAACCAUAGGGAAGAAGUUUGAGAAGAAGCAUAUUGAAGUGUUCACUGACCUCAGCAGCCCAUUCAGCCAAGAUCAACUGGAUGUUAUCAUUUGUAACUUGAAGAAGUCUGGCAUCUCCCUGCAGUUCUUCCUGCCUUUUCCAAUCAGCAAGAACGAUGAGACUGGGGACAGAGGAGAUGGUGACUUGGGCUUGGACCACUGUGGACCCUCCUUUCCUCAAAAAGGAAUUACUGAGCAGCAAAAGGAAGGCAUCUGCAUGGUGGAGAGGGUGAUGGUGUCUUUAGAAGGUGAAGAUGGGCUGGAUGAGAUCUACUCCUUCAGUGAGAGUCUACGGCAGCUGUGUGUCUUUAAGAAGAUUGAGAGGCGCUCCAUGCCCUGGUCCUGCCAGCUGACCAUCGGCCCUGAUUUGUCUAUAAAGAUUGUAGCCUAUAAAUCGAUCGUACAGGAGAAAGUUAAAAAGAGCUGGAUAGUUGUGGAUGCAAGAACUCUAAAGAAGGAAGAUAUAAGAAAAGAAACUGUCUAUUGCUUAAACGAUGAUGACGAAACUGAAGUUUCCAAAGAGGACACUAUUCAAGGGUUCCGCUACGGAAGUGAUAUAAUUCCUUUUUCUAAAGUGGAUGAGGAACAAAUGAAAUAUAAAUCAGAGGGGAAGUGCUUCUCUGUUUUGGGAUUCUGUAGAUCUUCUCAGGUCCACAGGAGAUUCUUUAUGGGAUAUCAAGUUCUGAAGGUCUUUGCAGCAAAAGAUGAUGAGGCAGCGGCUGUUGCUCUCUCUUCCCUUAUUCAUGCUUUGGAUGAAUUAAACAUGGUCGCCAUCGUUCGAUAUGCUUAUGACAAAAGAGCUAAUCCUCAAGUUGGUGUAGCCUUUCCUUAUAUUAAGGAUUCCUAUGAGUGUUUAGUUUAUGUGCAGCUGCCUUUCAUGGAAGACUUGCGGCAAUACAUGUUUUCAUCACUGAAAAACAAUAAGAAAUGCACUCCCACAGAGGCACAGUUGAGUGCUAUUGAUGAUCUGAUUGAGUCUAUGAGCUUGGUAAAGAAAAGCGAGGAAGAAGAUACCAUUGAAGACUUGUUUCCAACCUCCAAAAUUCCAAAUCCCGAAUUUCAGAGAUUUUUCCAGUGUCUGCUGCACAGAGUCUUACAUCCCCAAGAGCGUUUGCCCCCAAUUCAGCAGCACAUUUUGAAUAUGCUGAAUCUCCCCACUGAGAUGAAAGCCAAAUGUGAGAUUCCUCUCUCUAAAGUGAGGACCCUUUUCCCGCUGACAGAAGCCGUCAAGAAAAAGGACCAAGUGACUGCUCAGGACAUUUUCCAAGACAUUCACGAAGAGGGGCCCGCUGCCAAAAAAUGUAAGACAGAGAAAGAAGAAGGUCACAUCAGUAUCUCUAGCGUGGCUGAAGGGAAUGUCACCAAGGUUGGAAGUGUGAAUCCUGUUGAAAGCUUCCGUGUUCUAGUGAGGCAGAAGAUUGCCAGCUUUGAGCAGGCAAGUCUCCAGCUAAUAAGUCACAUUGAGCAGUUUUUGGAUACCAACGAAACGCUGUAUUUUAUGAAGAGUAUGGAGUGCAUCAAAGCUUUCCGGGAGGAGGCCAUCCAGUUUUCAGAAGAGCAGCGCUUCAACAGCUUCCUGGAAGCCCUUCGAGAGAAAGUGGAAAUUAAGCAAUUAAAUCAUUUCUGGGAAAUUGUUGUUCAGGAUGGAGUUACUCUGAUUACCAAGGAUGAAGGCUCUGGAAGCUCUGUCACAACUGAGGAAGCCACAAAGUUCCUGGCUCCCAAAGACAAAGCAAAAGAAGAUGCAGCAGGACUUGAAGAAGGUGGCGAUGUGGAUGAUUUACUGGAUAUGAUAUAGACCAUGGAUGUGUUGGGAAUCUAAGCAUGCCGUCUCUACGUUGCUGAGAGCUCAGACAGAGCAUCCUGGAAGCCA